GAUAUGCAGUAACCACCGAAGAGCAUAGCUAGGAUAACUUUAUAGCAAUUCUCAGUAACAGUUGGGGUGUCGGGGAUAUUUUUCCCACGGCAAAUCUUAGCUUCAUAUUUUGCACUUUCAUCCACAGGCUACAGCAAGCAGAUAUGCGUAUCGAGAAAUGUUAUUUCUGCUCAACGAACGUGUAUCCUGGGCAUGGAAGUGCCUUCGUCCGCAAUGAUUCAAAGGUAUUCCGGUUUUGCACUUCAAAAUGCCACAAAAACUUCAAAAUGAAGCGAAAUCCUCGCAAAGUGAGAUGGACGAAGGCUUUCCGUAAAGCAGCAGGGAAGGAAAUGACGAUUGACUCUACGAUUGACUUUGAGAAGCGUAGAAAUGUACCUGUCCGCUACGAUCGCGAGUUGGUACAUACCACAAUCAACGCCAUGAAACGCAUUGGGGAGAUUAAGCAGCGGAGAGAGCACGCAUUCUGGAAGCAAAGAAUGUCGGUUGCUCGGGAGAAACAACGCACGCACAGGACAAAGAAAUUGGCCGCGAAGUCGGUGUCCGUCAAGCUACUUGAGCCAACGGCAAUGGAGGAAACCAAUGAAGUGUUAAAGAAAAUAAAGGUGCCAGCGAAAAGCAGAAGCGCACUUUUGCAAGGGGAAGGGCGCUCGAUGGGCAUGGACAUUGACUGAUCUGUAUUUGUCUUGUCAUGCAUUACACAUUGUAUACCUUCACUAAUCCAUGUAACACGGUCGGUGGCAGAGGAACUAGUGCGUGAAAGCAUGAA